GCGUCGCUGCUCGUAGCUCCGAGCGUCUCCUCGAGUACGAGCUGCAGGGUCAGCUCAUAAACUUCUGCGCCGCGGAGGCGAGAGCUGCGGACGCCGUCUUUUACCUCCGCCACCUCAUCCAGCUGCCGUGUCUUCGGUUGGGACAGCGCGGCGCUGUGGCGGAACUGAUCGCUCCUCGGCUUCUUGGAGUGCGCUUCCACACCUUUGCGUUUGUGCUGCCUGGUGACCUAGUGGAGUCUUGCUUUGUCCUGCACGGUGAAACGUCCUUCCUGGUGGAGCUCCUCAGCUCCUCGUCGUGCAAACGCAGACCCCGGCGUUGGAUCCUGUUCGCUUACCCGGCACGCAUGUUUCUCGUCCUCUGGGCGGAGGUGCGCAACGCGCGCUGCACCAAUGCCGCCUUGCGCAGCCGUCUGGUUGAGGUUUGGCGUCGUGUCGCCUCACUCGAGAACCGCGAGGGUCCAGCGCAGGUGCGGGCAGGAAGCCAGGAAGCCGCGGUGAAUCAGUUUUUCUCAGAUCUCGAGUCCUUGGAGUUUCCGGACGCGACCCUUCGCGAGCUCUACCCGGACCUUCUAGGGCAUUGGGAAGUGGUCGGAAAGCUACAGUCCGUCCCCUGGCAGUGGGUUUGCUCCGUAGAGCUUUCCCUGGCGGGCUUUUUGGCACCCGCCGCGUGUCUUUACCCCGUGCAGAGCAUUGCCAUCUAUGCACUUACAUGGGUUUUCCUGCUACACCCCGGCAGCACACAGACAUCGGGUCUCUUGCGCUUGUACCAGGACUGCUUGGAUGAAAUCGAGCGAGCUGUCAACGUGGACCGCGCCGAGGCCGCCACUGAAUGGCGUGCCAGCCACCCGAAUCCAGAGCCGCAGGAGAAGAACCCUUAUGAAGGGCGCGUGAAUUUUUCUCUCGGCUCCGGGUCCCUGGGAAAGCGGUGGUUUAAUUGGCUCUCCGCCGAGGGCAGCCUCAAUGAAACGAUCGUGACUGAGCUCUUUGAGCGCGCCAAGUGGCGGCGCGUGACGCUGGACGGCAACCGCUCUUUCACGAUCAUGUUUCCUUUCUUUGCGCUCAGUGGCGCCGUGCACCUCCCGGACAUCGCCUUCAUGUUCGCUGGCGACGAUCCUCUCGGCAUUCGAGAGCGUGCGCGCUUCAUGUACACCAGAGGCCCGCUUGAUGAUGCCAACCGUCAGCACAACGCCGACCGGCAGUUCCUCUCGCGCCUCGUGCACCGCUUCCGACCCAUCCAUGCAGCUCACAGCCCAGAUUUCUUGCCACGCGAGGUUUUCGAGUUUGUGAAAGGCUAUCCUAUGCGUCCCUACGACCUCGAGUCCGACGAGGCCCAGGCCAUCUUCGACCGGACCUUUGACCAUCACGUGGCCAAGCAAGAGAAGCAUUAUCUCAGCGAGCAUUCCUUGGCGAAGCUACACGGAAAGAAGAAAACUUCCAAUCUUCGCUUCGCUCUCCAAGUCCAUCUCCUGGACCAGGUUGGCGACUGCGUGGAGGCUUUCUUUGCUUCCAUGGUGGCCGACGUCGCGCCGCCUGCCGCUGGAAGUGCAAGCACCCUGGCCAAGUUUCGAGCUCUGGCAGAGACGUCUUUGCAGCAAUUCUCGGACAUGCCUCUUCAGCAGCGGCGUUUGCUGCUCGGCCUCCUGAAGGUGGUCAUGACACAUGCUGCCGCGUGGGUCACCGGCUCCAGCCUGCGGUCGGACCGCGAGUUCAAGAGUCUUCUCGAGCAGCAAGCUGAGCCGCGUGAGUCCUGGGACGACAAAAUCUGUCAGGUGGGGGCUCUGCUGCGUGGCACGCGCCUAGGGAAUUUCUUUCUGUCCACCAAUGCGUCGGGGCCCAGAUCCUUCUACUACAUUCGCCGCAGUCUUCUUGCAACCGAGCCUCACUAUAUGGACUACGUCAAUGUGCUGCAGGCGUUGGGUCUUGCCAUUGGUUCUCUUAAAGGUCAUUCUUUGGACAGGUUGCGCGAGCAGAAGCCCAGGACUGCUCCGGAGCCUCAGUUUCUUGUCUAUGCCUCGCGGGACGAGGCUGUACAGGUGGUCGAUGCUAUCAAAAAGAUAGCUCGGGACGUCGCCGGUCUCUGA